CGCCGGCCGCGGGGCGCCGCACUGCUCGGGGCCGCCGGGGGCCGCCGCCGCUCGGGGCCGCGGCGACCGCCGGAGCGCGGGCCCCCACGCUGGCCGCCCCCCUCCCCCGGAGUCAAAUCCGGCUCUCCGAGCGCGGGGAGGGUGGGGAUAUCCGGUGCCUCUCCCGCGCCGGGAGGAGGGGGAGGGCGGAGAGGAUCCUCGGCCAGUCUGCGCCGAGCAGAUUCAAACCAAAACAAAAAGAUUAAAGGAGCUGCGCUGGGGCGGCAGCGGUCCCCGGCCGGGACGCCGGAACAGGCGCGCCCGGGCUCUGCGGGUGCUGCGCCGACGCUGAGCGCUGCGGGCCGGGGGCGGGGACCGGAGCCGGGCGUCUGGGGAAGGGGGGAUCGAGGGGAGGGCGCCGGCCAGAGGAGGGGCGGACCCGCCCGCCCGCGCCUAGCCGAGUCAGGCGAGCCGAGCGGCCCAGGCUGGGCGUGACCCCGCCAGCAGCAGCGCGGAGAGCGGGCGGAGACAAGCAGGGGCUAUGCUGAGGUUGGCGCACGGCGGGGCUCGGGCCAUCGUGGACAUGUCAUACGCUCGCCACUUCCUGGACUUCCAGGGCUCCGCCAUCCCCCAAACCAUGCAGAAGCUGGUGGUGACUCGGCUGAGCCCCAACUUCCGUGAGGCCGUCACCCUGCGCCGGGACUGCCCGGUGCCGCUACCCGGGGACGGAGACCUCCUCGUCCGGAACCGAUUUGUUGGCAUUAAUGCCUCUGACAUCAACUAUUCAGCUGGCCGCUAUGACCCAUCGGUGAAGCCUCCCUUUGACAUAGGUUUCGAGGGCAUUGGUGAGGUGGUGGCUUUGGGCCUCUCUGCCAGUGCCACACACUCAGUGGGUCAGGCUGUGGCUUACAUGACGCCGGGUUCCUUUGCAGAGUACACGGUUGUGCCCGCCAGCAUUGCCACUUCAGUGCCCUCGGUGAAACCUGAGUAUCUCACCCUGCUGGUAAGUGGCACCACUGCGUACAUCAGCUUGAAAGAGCUGGGAGAACUGUCAGAAGGGAAGAAAGUUUUGGUGACAGCAGCCGCUGGGGGGACGGGCCAGUUUGCUGUGCAGCUUUCAAAGAAAGCAAAGUGCCAUGUAAUUGGAACCUGCUCUUCUGAUGGAAAGUCCGCUUUUCUGAGAUCUUUGGGGUGUGAUCGUCCUAUCAACUACAGGACGGAGCCCGUGGGAACCGUCCUCAAGCAGGAGUACCCCGAGGGCGUUGACGUGGUCUAUGAAUCUGUGGGGGGAGCCAUGUUUGACUUGGCCGUAGAUGCCUUGGCUACCAGAGGGCGCUUGAUAGUAAUUGGGUUCAUCUCUGGCUACCAAAGUCCUACUGGCCUCUCGCCUGUGAAAGCAGCGACACUGCCCGCCAAGCUGCUGAAGAAAUCUGCCAGCGUCCAGGGCUUCUUCCUGAACCAUUACCUCUCCAAGUACCAGGUGGCCAUGAAGCACUUGCUCAAGCUGCAUGCCAGUGGGGACCUGGUCUGUGAGGUGGACCUGGGAGACCUGUCCCCAGAGGGCAGGUUUACCGGCCUGGACUCCGUAUUCCGGGCUGUCGAUUAUAUGUACGUGGGAAAAAAUACUGGAAAAAUUGUAGUUGAAUUACCUCACUCUGUCAACAGUAAGCUGUAAAAACAGAACAAUGACAUAAAUCAAAGGAGAAAGAAAAUGAGCACUUUAUGCCCGAGAAUUACUCAAAUCAAGUUAUUUUUAGUUUGUGAUGGAUAUAAUAUUUUUUAAAACAAAAGUAGGUGUUAAUGAAUCUCUCCCUCCCUCCCUUCCUCUCUCUCCCCCCUUCUCUCUCUCUCUCUCUUUCUCUCCCUUCCUCUCUCUCCCUCCCCCUCCUCCCUUGGAAAAAAACAUGUGCCAAUAAAAGUUCCCUCCAUACUAAGAGGUAAAACGUUUACAUUCGAUUCUUUAGUCAUGGACGGUCUCAUUCCAGAUUUUAUUGUUCCAGGGAAGUAAAUUAAUUCCUGAUGCAGGACCUGAUCGAAUCAGUAUGUCCUCAGCUUGAUGAGAUUUUAAAAUCAGUCUUGAAAACAGUUCACAAAGCUGCCUCUGCUCUGGGAGAGUCUGCUCUCAUGCUAAUGAGCAGCUCCGAAGUGAGGGGUGCCACCCCAGUCCACACAUGUUGUCACUGUCCUUAUCCUCCAGAAAAUGCCCCCCCGUAAAGCCUUACCCAGCCAUCUAAACAGACGUGGGGCAGAGUUCUCCCCCACAGUCAGCGAUGCUCUCAGGUGAUUCAGAAAAGAGACGGGCCUUAACCAAGUGCCGGGUAUCUGACGGCUUUCAUCCACCUCGUCCUGGUGAUUGUGCUGCAGUGUGAGAGAUGUCCCUGUUAUUUUAAGAAGCAAAUUGAUGUUGAGAACUUAUAGACCCAAAAAAUAGGCUUUGCAGAGGGACACCACAGAGCUUCAGGGGACUUUUAAGAAUGAACAUGUACAGGAAGGGAACUGCGUGUGCUGUGUUCACAGUGCAGGCCCACGUGACGCGGCGAGGCCCGCAGAAGGCAGGCUGUCUGGGCCUGCACAGGGGCACCUCACGUGCCUGAGGGGACACUUGUCACACAGCUCCGCCAUGUAGGGACCUGCAGGCCCAUAACACUACACGUGCUCCUCAUUGGAGGCUUUCAGAUACAGAAGGCAGGUCUGAGCUCUGGUCAUGGAAACAGAAUCGCGGUCACUGACCCGUGCUCCCGUCCAGCUCCGGCAUUCUGCUGGAAGGAGAUGGAUUUUGUCACUCUUGCCUGAUGGCACACACACGUCCACCGGCCACACGCAAGAAGCAGCACGACGUGUGCCUUCUCUUCCCGUUCACGCUGUCGCUGGUCCACUUGCCUCUUAACCCCCAGCGCCCGAGGCUGCUGCUGCUUCCAUCAUUAAGUCGAGAUCCCACAGUGCCUUUCUAAUUGAAGGUGAAGCCCACCAGAUUAUUUUUCAGUCUUGGGUUUCAGUGCAUCGAACAUGCUCAAUAAAUAUGAACGCAAUUAAAGAUGCUCCAGGAAAGUUGGGGAGCAGAUGUAAUUCUUCCCUUGAAUCUGAGGAGCAAGGAAAUCCUACUGCUGAAGAGCUGUUAGUAUCUAUUUUACAAGAUUUACUCAUUUUCAGGUACCUAAUGUAGCUGCUAGCAUGCAUGCACAACAAUACAAUUUAUAUGGUAAAUGGAACCAAAUAAUGGCUUCACUGAAUGUUAUGGCUGUACUGAAGGGAAAUGUCACGGUAAAUAGCUGCCAAAUUAUGGAUCAUGCCGAAGUGUCACAACUGCACUAAAGACAAAUAGCACUAGAGGCUAUUGCCACUGUGACGCUUUUGAGUUAUGAAGAAGGGUAGCGGCCUGACGCAGAGGCUCUUUGUGUCCUCAUCAUAGCAAAGGGCUCCUGGUGCAGGGACAAGAAAGCCUUGUCCGAUGUGGUGCUUAGUUAUUAAUCUGUCCCUCUCACACUUAACAGCUGUGGCAAAACAGAGAGAGACUUUGCCUUGCUCUUCUCUUCCAUACACAAACAAACAAAGCGGGGGAAACAGGUUUUAUGAAUAUAACUACACACAGGAAGUGACUGGUAAUGGGAAAAUUUUGUAAUAAAAUAAUCUAAUCAAAGAAUAUUAUUAAAUUUAACAUAGUGUGUGUCUUGAAAGGAUUAGUUGCUUCUUAUGCAGAUAGAUGUGUGAAAUCUAAGCAAUAAUGCACUUUCUCCCUCUGUAAGGACUUGACUGAGGACAUUACCAACUAAAUUGCUUCUUCUAAACUGAAGUGAGUCCCGGUUUCUUUCAUUUUAAUGGGAGGGUAAUAAAGAUGAAAGACCAACAUUUUAUCUGAUGGAUCCCUUAAGCUACGGAAUAGAAAUUUAUUAUGUUUUGAGGGAAUAUACUAAAUUCAGCUAUGUAAAAAUAAAAUCUGAAC